AAAACAAUUUUUAUUUUAUUUCGUAUACCUGGACACACACAAUUUUGUGUUUCGGACAUAUUCGUCCCUCCUCAGCAGCUAAUGAAGCUAAUGAGAUAAAAGAAAAUAUUAAAUUUGAAAUAGAAACAGAGAAACAAAAUAGUAUUAAUUAUUUAGAUAUAACAAUAGAGAGAAAAAGUGAUAAAUUAAUUUAUAAAAAAUAUGUGAAAUCUAUACAAAUACCAAAAACAAUUAAUUAUAAAUCUAUUACACCUAUAAGUAUGAAAUAUAAUAUAUUUAAAAUGUAUAUAAAUAAAAUAAGACAACGAACUAGUGAAAUUAAAACUCAAGAGAAAGAAGAAGAAGAAAUAAUAAAAAUGUUUAUGUUAAAUGAUUAUCCAAAAAGUCUAUUGAAUAAAUGGUUAAAAAAAUUGGAAAUAGAUAAACAAUCAAACUUAAUAGAUAAAGAGAAAAGUUUUGUUAAAAUAAGGUAUAUCCCUAAGAUAUUUGAAAGAAUUAAGAAAAUAUUAAAUAGUAAAAUCAAUCUAAUACCGGAAAAAGUAAAUACAACAAAAAACCAUUUAUGUUAUAGAAAUCAAGGAAAUUACGAUAUAUUAGAAGAAAAAGGUGUUGUAUAUUCAUUUAAUUGCAGUUGUAAACCAGAAAAAAUAUAUAUAGGAGAAACAAAAAGGAAACUAAAAAUAAGAAUAAAUGAACACAUCCGUGCAAUCAAGAGAAAUUAUGCAAAUUCAGUAGUCGCAGAGCAUUGUAAUAAUACAGGUUGUGAAAUUGUAUUGAAUUCCGUAAAAAUAAAGAAAAAAGAGAAGAAUAAUUACAAAAGACAGCUUUAUGAACAUAUGUAUAUAAUCAGACAAAAUAAUAGAAUAAACAGCAAUAAUGGCAGAGAAAUCCACCAAUCAUGGUUAAGAUUUAUAGAAAAAGGGGUGUGUCCAAAAGAUGAUAAGAACGAUGGAAAGAAAUGGAAACGAGGUGUGAGACAAACAGAAAGAGAACAAAUGUUUAAAAUAAUAGUAAUUGCGAUAUUGUUGAUAAAAUUUGAAUAUCCAGUGGAGCAAGAAAUUAAAGAAAACUGGAAAAUUGUAAGAAUUUUAUUGAAUAUUUUGUCGGGAAAAAUUUUAAAAUGUAAAUUUUAAUUUUUAUUUUUUAUUGUUUAUAGAACAUAUUUAAAUACCUGCUGAGGAGGGACGAAUAUGUCCGAAACACAAAAUUGUGUAUGUGUCCAGGUAUACGAAAUAAAAUAAAAAUUGUUUUCUGUUAAUCUUUGUAAUAUUAUCUGUAAAACCAGUAUAAUAAGUCCUGAUAAUAGAUGAAAGUCGAAU